GAUCAAUGGAGGUGCACUGCAGCAGCGACAUGGAGGAGAACAAGCAGCACAUCUGGAAGAAGAUGUCAACUGCAAAGCAGUACAAGGACGGCCGGCUGCCGGGCAAGGAGACGCCGGAGAAAAGAGGAAGCCAGGGGCGGAGGAGAGAACUGAGGCGGUCGGCAUCUUUGCCCGUGCGGGUGGCGAGCGCGGCGAGGGAGCAGCGGGCGAGGCUCUACAUCAUGCGUCGCUGCGUCUCCAUGCUCGUCUCCUCAUGCUGGAAGAACUACCCAUAAAUUCUCUUCUGUUUCUGGGCCUGGCCUCGUAAUCUGUAGUACUUCUGUCUCUUUUUUCUGGACUUUCCUUUUUUUAGAUUUUUUCUGGACUUUCCUUUGCCACUACACAGAUGGCCCUGGUGACUUCAAAGAGAUGGGCCUAGAUCUUACCACUUGUAAUUCGGCCAUCCAGAAAGUCAGCCCUUU